UCUAACCACGCUUCCCUACGACGCACCGCGAUCCCUCCAGCCGUGCGCGACUUUUAGAAAAAUGCACGUCAGCGCUUUGACGCGUUUCACUCCAUUAUUUUAGAAGCCAGCCUUGGCGAACCUCGAGUCGUUUAUUAUUAUUAUUAUUUUUUUUUUUUUCCUCUAUACACAGCCUCGUGCUCCGCGAGCCUUCGCAGUGACGUAUCAGCUCUGUUUUUAACGCGGAUCAAUAAUACGGCGCUCGUCGACGUGGUACGGCAGCGGUACUGGAGUGGAGGCAGCGCCUCGGUCCCGGACGGACAGGCGGACGGGGACGCGAUUCAAGGUUCCGGGUUCGGCGGAGACCAGGCUGCAGGCAGAAUCUGCUGGAAACAAGGAAACUGGACCAGAAGUGAGGGGGGAAAGAGCGGAUUAAUAAAAGAGCAGAAGGGACCGUCGCAGUGGGUGUGUGCCGACUGGCUGGAUGCGUGCCGACCGGCUGGAGUGCACCAUGCUAACGUGAGCGCGGCCCCCCGGCACCCUCGGGCUCCCCCUGUUCGUCCAGCGCUCGCCGGUGGGAGUUUGGAUCGGCUCCAGCCGCACGGCACGCCGUGCCCGGAUCUCGGACGGUUUGGCCGGUACCAUGGCGAAGAGGCUUUUUUGGAAAUAAGGACGGAGACGGGAGCUCUUGGAGGAAAGGGGAAGCUGCGUCUCCCGCCCUGCACCCUCUCCUAUUGCCCCGUUUGCCGCCGGUAGGCGGUGCCGGGGCGUGUCCCCGUCCGGUCUGGUCCGGUCUACUCCGGGACGCCGGCGUGACUCGCACCCGCUGCCAUCAUUCACAGCCGUGACGGAGCUGGUCUCUGCUCGCCGGCAACGUUGCGGAGGCGAUUUGGGUCGGGGCACGGCUUGCGGGAUCGGCGGGAAGGAUCUGAAUCGACUCGUGGACGGAGUUCCUAACCGUUAACCUUAGAGUUGUGUUUCUGUUCCAUUUGUCCUUGGCUUGGACAAGAGCCUUUGUGUUUCGUUUUCCAGCUGCAGACCUCUUGACCGAGGUCGCUCCCCUUAAACUCUUUUCCCGGUGGGCCCCGGGAAGGCCCGGACGCCUGUUAUGGCUGUCAACGUGGCGGUGGGUCGGGACACCAGGUGGCUCACUCUGGAGGUGUGCCGCGAGUUCCAGAGAGGCACCUGCUCCCGUUCGGACGCCGAGUGCAAGUUCGCCCACCCGUCGCGCAGCUGCCACGUGGAGAACGGCCGAGUCAUCGCCUGCUUCGACUCGCUCAAGGGGCGCUGCACACGUGACAACUGCAAAUACCUGCACCCGCCACCCCACCUGAAGACGCAGCUGGAGAUAAACGGGCGCAACAACCUGAUCCAGCAGAAGACGGCGGCGGCGAUGUUGGCUCAGCAGAUGCAGUUCAUGCUGCCCGGGGCCCAGCUGCAGCCCAUAACAGCGUUCCCGGUCACGCCCUCCCUGGCAACAGAUCCCGGCAUGGCUUUCAGCCCAUACCUGAGCCAUAUGAGUCCCAGCAUGAGCCUGGUUCCGGAGCUGCUGCCCAGCACCCCCGUGCUGGUGUCGGGGAGUCCCGCCACCCUGGCUGUGGGCGGUAGCAAUCCCACGCAGAAGCACCUGCGCACGGACAAACUUGAGGUAUGCCGAGAGUUCCAGCGGGGGAACUGCACGCGGGGUGAGAACGACUGCCGCUACGCCCACCCGCAGGAGGCCGCCAUGGUGGACGGCAGCGAGAACUCGGUCAUCGUGUGCAUGGACUACAUAAAGGGCCGCUGCUCCCGGGACAAGUGCAAGUACUUCCACCCUCCUGCCCACCUGCAGGCCAAGAUCAAGGCUGCCCAGCACCAAGCCAGCCAGAACGCUGCCGCCGCAGCCGCCAUGGCUCUGCCUCCAGGGGCCCUGCAGUCAGUGCCGAAGAGGCCGGCGGUGGAGAAGAGCAACGGGGGGGCGGCUGCCGUCUUCGGGCCCGGCAUGUUCCACUACCAACAGGCUCUGGCUAACCUGCAGCUGCAGCAGCAGGCGUUCAUCCCCGCCGUAGAUGCUGGUGAGGUUCUGAGCACGGGCCCAAUGGAUCUUCAUUGUGUCCCCAUGGACACCCCAUUCCACCCCAUACCCAAAGUGCUAAUGACGUCUCAGGCGGCUCUGAACCCAGUAAGCCUUUCACGAAACCCGAGUUAAAAGAUGACCACAUCGCUUAUAACGUCUCUCUCGACAUACCGCCAAGACCCCUAAAAUGAGUCAAACACAGAAACUUGUGCCUACUCCGAAUCUCAAAUUGGCAAUAGUAUGGACAUACUAAUUAAUCCUGACCUACGUUAUUAUACCAGUAUUUUAAGCCAUGCUGAGAUUUUACCAAACAUGUCAAGAAGAUUGAAGGAAUUCCUCCUGCGAUGCUGAAAUGGGCCCCCUGGGCACCUCAUGCAACACCCAUUAAAAUGACCUCCCUGUCCUGCCCAUACAGUGGAUUUUGCAGCAUGUACUCAUGUCGUAUAAGCAGAGGCCUCUGUGUGUGCCUGGGAGGCAUGUUCACACAAACCAGCGCGCGCACACACACACACACACACACACACACACACACACACACACAUGAAUGUCUGCCCGCAAACAGAACAGCCAUGUGGAGUGGGAAGUUCACACUCAAAGACUAACCACGAAGAACACGGGAUCCAGUCUGACUCCCCAAAGAGAAAAAGAAAGAAAGAAGUGUAUCAUGUUUCUUAAAUGAAAUGGAUUAGAUUUUUUUUUUUUUUUUUUCCUUUUUAAAGAAAUGUGUUUGUGAAGUGUUACCCUGGUUUUGUGUUUACAUUUCAGAGGUGAUCUCUACAUUUCUCACUGUUUAAAUACAGAAAUAUCUAUUGGGUGAUAGAAAAGGUCAUGUCAAUAUCCUUUUGGACAAAUUCCCCAAACUUAGGCGCGUGUCGGUUUUACGGGUGCCUUUUUCAUUUAGCCACUGUCUGUAACAUGGUGGUUACCGAAACUAUAAACUACACCGAUGAUGAAAAACAUAAGAGAGAGGAAUAACGCAGUCCUACACGGUAGAAAGAAAUCAAAAUAGUCUUGAGUAAAUGGCUACAGAGUGUGAAAGGAAUGGAUAUAAUUUUAAAGGAAUAGGAGGGAAAACGGUAUGGUGCAGUAAUGAAUCAAUCUCAAUAAUAAUUGUCACUCUUUUUGUUCAAAUCCACGCAUGAAAGCUCAUUACAGAAGUGAUGGAUUGUAUUUUCAGUAAACCCUGGCCAUCGGUCCUGUGUUCACACAAGUUGCCUGAAGAAGGAAUGACAAUCUCGGGUGAAACACCUCCUCGUACGUGGACUGUGUACGUUCCAGUGCAGUGGUUCGCAGGGUUGCGUCAAUUGCUAGGUACUCUUACGGGAAGUCAUGCACUCAAUUAACAUUGUUUUUGCUAAACAACUUUUGUAAAGGGUAGGGGAUAAUUGUCACCACAGUAGACUGCAUAAAUUUACUAAUGCGGAUUUUUUUAAAAACAACAUUUUUGUAUCAACAUGGUUGAUAAAAACGGGAUAUUUUCCUGAGAUCCAGCGCAAAAAAUAAAAGAAAAAAAAAUUCCCAUUCUGAUUGAUUUCUAUGAUUUAUAGGAAGUUGUCCAAGCUCCACCCCCUGCCACGGUAUCAUUUAAAAGCAUUGAAUGUCUGAAAAAGAUCAAUUUCAACUCCUGUGAUGUGAAUAUGGGCUCAGCAUUGUAGCAUGUAGAGUCUGGAAGAUCACUUAAAGAUGUGUCUUCUAAAGCAGUGUUGUGGAGUCGGAAUCGGAGGCAAUUAUUGGGUUACAGGAGUCGGUAAAAAUGUACCAUAUAAGUCGAUCCAGCGUAUGAGUCGACCCCCAAAAAUUAGAGGUGUAAUAUAGGAUUAAGCCUGUAUUUGCCGGAUAAGUUGACCCCCAAAAUAAUGUGCAACUUUUGGGCAGUGCUGUCGGAGUCGUGGAGUCGGCGUCGGAAGCAGCUAUUGGGUUUAUUGGCAUUGGAGUCGGAGUCAAAGGUUUUGUGUACCGACUCCACAGCCCUGCUCUAAAGGGGACAGAAAUGAAUAGUGGAGAAUAUUGUUUUCUGCAACAGAGUGUACUGACCUCUUGAAUAGGAUGUUAAAGUUGCUAAAUGACCGGUCCAACAAUGUCACAUGUCGUAAGAAAUUCUGGGGAAAACAGGUACGGUUUUUUUCGUUUGGGAGGACUCGGGAAAAGACAGCAUGUGGAGAAUUAUGCUGUUGGUCCCUUCACUGCAGUUCAGCAAAUGGAGGGUGGAUUAUACUUAAGGCACUUCCCAAAGAACAUGGUAAAUACACGGUAUAAGUAAGAUAGGAAAUUGCUUAGGUAAUAUUGUUAAAAAGGCUGUUAUUUUUGCUGUAAAUGUUUUCCUGUGAUUGCACUGUGUUCUUUGUAAUGCAAAAACAGAUGUUCGGUGUGGCUUUUCAGAUGCUGUGUAAGACUUGAGGAACACUGUACUGCUGCGGGGGUUUCUUGACUCUCAGAAAAGGUGGCAGUGCUGACUUUUUUUUUUUUUUUUUUGAAUAUAUUUCAAGGUUCAGCACUAUCUUGAAACUUUGACAUUUUUGUCUUUGUAUAGUCCUGCUAACAGGAUUCUUGUGAUAGUCAUUUUUUCACAUUCCCCCUAUUUCUGUUUUUUUUUUUUUUUUUUUUUUCUCUCCCUCUCUUCCCCCCCUGGGAGUUUUUAGGUGUUAUUCAAGACAACACAUAUCAUCAAACUUAAGUAAACAAAGUGUACCGUCUUUAAAUAUGAAUGUUAGAAGGACAUUUUUCUGACUUUUUCUGAAGAAAAACCAGUGCAAAAAGACCUUUAUUUCUUACUUUUGAGAUGUUUAAUAUUUAAUUUGUCAUGCAACGGUUGAUUCUUCGAAAAAGAUAAGCGACUGUUGUCCAGCACCUUUAAUGUACUGGUAUUUCACUUUUAGAUCGUCUCUAAGAAUGACUGAUGUAUUUUUACUGAAAAUCUGAGGAUAUCAACUUAAGAGAGACAGAAGUGAUUGUAUUAAUGUAAUGUAUCACUGGAGGAUAAAUAUUUCAUUAUAGCUUAAACCUUGUUCCUGUAAAAGUAAUGUAAUUAAAACUGAGUUGGAGAUUUAAAGAGAGGGAUCUGCUAUCCUAAGUAUCCCAGUGUAGGUGUUAGGAACCUCUCCCUCUAUUGCUCUGUCCUUCUUUCACUCUCUCAUCCCUGCUUCUUCUCUGAUGGGAAUUUUGCCUUCUCCAACUGCUGCUCAGCUGGAAAAACAAAUGACUUGACUGAAAAAAACGUGCCUCAUUGAGGGCCUUAGUCACAAGUACAUUCACUGUUUCACUGGUGUACUUUCCUUGUUCAAGGAGUUUAAACUCCUUAGUUACCUAGUUAGCUUAAUCCAAGUGUAAAUAUGAUAACUUGUUUCUUAAUCUACAUUCUUCUACUAGAUUUAUAAGUUGUCAUCUUAUUUUUUACUGUACUGUUAUGACUUUUUUUUUUACUAAAUAUUAUUGCAGUUAGUAAUCUCAUGUUACUUUCUACUAUCAA